AUGGCUACAGAAGAUAUGCUCACGGGUCAUCUACCCGAAGAACACGACGACUCUACCACGAUGGACCCUCACUCCCCUAAACCGAGCGAGAAUUCAACUUCAUUAGAUCCCAAUUCACAAUCUAAGAAGCGAUCUGCCUCCACUACGGAACCCAAUGGCUCGACAAAGGUCACUAAGCGAAGAGCAGCACGAGCAUGUAUCAGCUGUAGGAGUCGAAAAGUAAGAUGCGAUGUGGUUGAAGGUGCGCCAUGUGGGAAUUGCAGAUGGGACAAUGUUGAAUGCAUCGUUCAAGAAAGUCGUCGUAGGAGAAAGAAUCUUUUCCAUUCGAAUUCCGCAUCCACUUCUUCACAAAACAACUCGGCCCCGCAGAGUGCCGAGGCACAACUAAGAGCGAAGCCCGCAAAUCCAGUUGCGAUCGCUUCAGCUGGGGUCCCCUUACGACGAGCUAGCGAAGUCACUCAAUCUUCAGCUACCGGAAAUGAUGUAACUGGUUCAGGCACACUUUUGGAUGGUAGCUUGGAGGGUCACGUUCCUCAUUUACUAUAUCAACGAUCAGGUCUACGUCCUGAUCCAACAUUGCUAGCCACCCUUCAAGCUAGCAAUACCGGGUCUAAGUAUCCUAGUAUCUGGCCAAAUCCAAACACAUGCCAAACACCAAGCUCGGCUUCUGGACCCGGAGCUCUGAGGACUGCACAAUUCCUGAACUCGCUCGAGGAGCCCGAUGCAUCAUCACAGUUGCCUGCCUUCGUCAGACCGCUUCCACCCAAGAUUGCUCCCGAGGAUGUGAGCUAUCUUCAUACCAAGGGGGCGCUUACGCUACCGAGCCCGAACCUUCAGAAUGCACUACUUACUGCUUAUGUGGAGUACGUUCACCCUUACAUGCCUCUCAUUGAGUUGCAUGAUUUCCUGGGGUUGAUCAACGCUCGUGAUGGAUUAUACGGUCAGAUCAGCUUGUUCCUAUACCAGUCUGUUAUGUUUGCUGCGACCGCCUUCGUCGAUGCAAAACAUCUGAGGGAGGCUGGCUAUGCCAGUAGGAAAGCUGCUCGGAGAGAAUUUUUCUACAAGGCCAGGCUUUUGUACGACUUUGAUUACGAGAGCGAUCGCCUUAUCCUCGUACAGGGAUUAUUACUAAUGACAUAUUGGUAUGAGACACCGGAUGACCAGAAAGACACUUGGCAUUGGAUGGGGGUCGCGAUCUCACUGGCGCACACUAUCGGUUUACAUCGGAACCCGGCGAACACCAAUAUGACACUGCGAAAACAGAAGCUCUGGAAGAGGAUUUGGUGGUCAUGCUUUAUGAGAGACCGCCUAAUUGCCCUCGGCAUGCGACGGCCUACGAGGAUAAAGGAUGAGGAUUUCGAUGUUCCGAUGCUGGACGAAAGUGACUUCGAGAUUGAGCCGUUAGCGGACGACGUUCAAAUUAUUAGCCCCGAGUGCACACUUAUGCGCGAUGUCAUGAUGCAACAAGAACUCGCCUUGAUGUGCAUUGCCAAGGCGAAACUCUGUCUUUGCAUCAGCCACAUGUUGAAGGCGCAAUACUCAGUCCUAAUUAGGGAUAAGUCGAGAGCUGAGAACACCACAAACAGUACGAUGAUGUUAUUCCCGAAUAAGCAACUUGAUAAUGUCGAGACCGUCAACUCAUGUGAUUUGGAGCUUGUGGCGUGGGUACAAUCACUACCAGCUUGCUGUCAAUACAGACCAUUGUCAGCUCUAGACCUCAAGAACGGUCGCGCCACGAUUGCUGUGCAACGCAACCUUUUACACAUGGUGUAUUAUACAACUAUUUCAGCUCUCCACCGACCUCAAUUCCUCCCAUCGUCACCGACACAUGCGCCACAGACACCAGCGCAAGCUCAGGAUAUGUCUCGUACGAGGGUACGCGACGCAGCUGCGCAAAUUACGCGUAUGGUCGCCGAUUUGCACACACUACGCCUCGAGAAGUACCUACCGACAACCGGUGUUACGGUGAUCCUCCCCGCUAUGAUCAUCCACCUGCUCGAAAUGAAGAACCCACUUCCCCAACCUCGCGAAGUUGCUAUGCGCGGCUUCAAGACGUGCAUGAAAGUCAUGGAGAAGCUACGCGACAUUUACUCUGCAGCUGACUAUGCAGUCGCAUUCCUAGACGCCGCAUUACGCAAGGCCGCAAUUGACCUCCAGGCCGCGCAGAACCAGGCUUACACUGGUGGCGUAUUGACUAAUGUCAAGACAGCCCUUUCGCAAUUCGCGACCACGAACCCGGCACCAAUUGUCGAGAACCUAGCCACCCCGCCACCGGAGAACGCGCCCUACGCUACGCCUCAGGAAGCGAGCAUGUUCCAAAAGCAACCACCUCCGACACAAACAUUCGUACCACCUACCGAACUGAUUACCACCACCGUGAACUCACCACCACAUACCGAGCGCGAUGUCCUCACACCCAGCGCCAGUGGAUCGUCAGAUGGACAUGCCGACCCUAUGAAUCUAGAAAUGGACUUCGACAGUCUGGAUAACCAUGAUGAGUUUGAUUGGAAUGCGCUUACGGGCACGAAUAUCGACUUCGAUCAAUGGCUACAAUUUCCUAACGAAGGUGGUAAAAACGCUGGGGGGUUGGUGACGAUGAGUGAUAUUGAUGGCUCGGCGAAUUUCAAUUUGGGGAUGUUGGAUGGUGUUGGAGUUGGUGUGGGACAAAAUGUUGUCGCGUAACGUGUUACAGGGGUAGGGGUUUGAAUGAGUGAUGAUUGUUAUGAGGUGGGAUUUCAAUUCUGGUUCUGGGCCGAUGGAUUUU